GAUUUCAAUCAGAUCAUUGAUCAUAGAAAUAAAUAUUAUAUAAUAGAAAUAUCUUACAAAUUCGUAAGAAAUUAAUUACAUAAGGUUCUUGAUACAGAGUGAUAUAAUAUAAUAUAUAAAAUGUGUAUAAUGGCGAUAUGGUUUCUGGGUAGAUAUGUGUACCGAUGUACAUGCAGCAUACUGUACAUGAUAUGCUGGCCAGUCCUCACGGCCACUAGACUGUGUCUCCGCCGGCAUUGUGUGGGACUGUGCAUCAGUUUUGUUGGAGGCAUAUGUCUUGCACAACUGUAUUGUUAUUUCUUCCUGAAGAAGAUUCCGCUACCGCAGUUUGUGAGCAUCGCUUUGUGCAUGGGAUUGAAUUUAUUAAUAGGGGUGGGUAACGCGUGCGCGAUACAACUGCGCUGCAUAUCACUGUUGUCGCUGGCCAUGUACUGCGGGAAGCCGGGGAGGGGCGUGAUGAAGGCUGUCAUCCUCACCUACGUGGUCGCAGGUCCAAUAACAAACAUGUGUAAGAAUGCGCGCGAAGUGGUGCGCGUGUUCGCGUGCACCACUCGUCUCUCGUACAACCUGAGUCAGACCAAGCAUUCUCUUCUCGCCAAGCCCGUGCGCCGCAGCCUGGCCAACAUGACCACGGAUGUCGAUCACAUGAAGGCUUGCAUCAGCUCAAUUGACAAUGUUCUGUCGCCCAUAGAAAAUGAAGUGGAGGGUAGUAAAGAAGCCGCGCAAAGUCGUAUUCAGAACGACUACCUAGACGGCAGGUUCGGCCAUCGGCACCGUUCCCAGGAUAUUGAAAAAAAAUACAAAAUAAAUGAGUCCGAUAAACAAAAAGACAUUUACCAGAAGAAAUACCUGAUGAAGCUCGAGAUCCGCUGUCAAAACCAAUUCGCACGCAGCGUGGCCAUUUGUAUGAACAUGUUCAGGCCACUACAAGAGAGGUACUGUAGGGUCGAGGUGUGCCAGUAUCUGGAUCUGUGUCAAGUGUGCAAUAUACAUAAUUUGACUAAUAUGGACGCCAUCUGUGACAGUGGGAAGCAGGUAGACCCAGGUUUGGGAGAGGGAUAUGAAUAUUUGAAAAAGACUCAUGUCAAAUUAACUAGUCUACAAGACAUCAAGUUGGAGGAAAGGCCUGCGCGCUCGCGCGUGGUCAUCAACAUGCAGGACUCCAAACGCACAGGCGACCUGGUGAUAAAAGCAUUCGAAGAAAAGAACGAGAUAAUGCAAUCAGUGAUAAUUGUUUUGAACAUCUGCAUGGCGAUUCUGUUCCUGCGCAUACCGUCCGCAGCCGCCACCUACCACGACCAGUAUCUGACUGAUAUCGACCACGAUAACACCUAUGUCACGGGGUAUUUCAAGAGGAUAGACGCGCGCAGACGAGCAAAGAAUAAAUACUCGUUGUUACCGCUGAAAAAGAUGGAAAGAAUAAAAUACGUGAACGUCAGGUCAUUCUACUACAUCCCAGCGGACCAGAGCGCGCUGGUGUCUCAUGUGCUGAAGGUGUUGCUGGAGGUGGUUACCGCUACCACGUUCAUCAUGCUGGACCGGCUGUUCUACGAGGCCCUGGAGGUGGUCCGCCAACACGCCGAGGUCGACAUCGCCUCGCAGGAACUACAUAAUAUGGACAUUACGGUGGACGGGCCAGGUAUAUUAGCGGGUAUGGUCCGGAAGCUCAUGGAAGGGUCUUCGGAGAAAUCCACGCUUCGAGAACACUUCACCAACCAGGAUUGUAUGCCUCGACCAAGACUCAUGUCUCACGCUUUCUUCUUUAAAAUCUACGGCGGAUACUUGUGGAUUAUUCUACUGCUGUAUUUGGAUCCUUACACAUUGCGUUUGCGCAGACUGAUCUGCAGUUACUUUUACCCGGUGCGCGAAAAGCAACGAAUCCUGCACCUCUACAACGACAUCCUCAAGAAUCGGAUAAAAUUGCAGAAGACAUUGCGCAGGAAAGCAAUCCAGGCGGUGCGCGCCCACUACCUCUCCGGAGAGAAUCUGCUCAGCUUGAGGAUGAAGUUCCCCAGACUGCUGGGCUGGCUGCGAGUGCUGCCCACGGCCAGGAUGACCUGCCUAAUCUGCGGGGAGACAGAGCCUCGCCAUACCGGCGAGCAUGAGCCCGCCUCGUGGCACUCGUGUGUGACAGCCAACUGUCCGUUCGUGUACUGCGUGGAGUGCUGGCGCGAAGUGGGCCGCUGUCUGGCCUGCGACCCCAGCCUCGCCGACCUGAGCGAUAUGGACUCUCUCAGCGACGACGACCAACCUAGACAUUGAUGCUUUAUAAUGCUUUAUAACUCCUGUUGUCUUUUCGAAGCGUUUGAACCAAGAUGGUUAAAUCGCCAAGGAGCUUAAGUACCUUCUGCUAAAGAAAAUUGCGGUUGAAAGAUUUUUAAUGAAAUAGUGGUGGCGAUUUACACCGCAAAUGUCUGU